AAGGCAGCAGGGGCGGUUGAGAAGUGAAGUCUUGGCCAGAGUUUUCUUCUUGCCAGGAAAUCCGCGGCGGCAGCGGCGGCGGCGAGUCCCGGCAGAGAGGAGCCCAGCUGGCUCCUGGCUCUCCCUCAGCGGGCCGCGGAGAGCGGGAGCUGGCGCUGGGCUACGGCGCUGGAAGCCGGUGUAAGCCCCAGGCAGCCGCGCUUUCCCAAAAAACAGAUUUUGGCUAUAAUCAGAUACAUCCCUGUCUAUUCAAGGAAUACCAAACCUCCAGAGGAAGUCUAAUAUAUGAGGGUACAGAAACUGCAUCAUUUGAUUCAAAAUGGGAACAACAAGUGAUGAAAUGGUGUCAGUGGAACAGACUUCCUGUUCUUCCCUAAACCCCCUGUGUUUUGAGUGUGGCCAACAGCACUGGACAAGAGAAAACCACUUAUAUAAUUACCAGGAUGAAGUGGAUGAUGACCUCGUCUGCCAUAUUUGCCUUCAGCCUCUGUUGCAGCCACUAGACACGCCCUGUGGACAUACAUUCUGCUACAAGUGCCUCAGAAACUUUUUACAAGAGAAAGAUUUCUGUCCAUUGGACCGCAAAAGACUUCAUUUCAAAUUGUGUAAGAAAUCUAGCAUUCUAGUUCAUAAACUUCUAGACAAAUUAUUAGUUUUAUGUCCAUUUUCUUCAGUGUGCCAAGAUGUAAUGCAACGCUGUGAUCUGGAGGCACAUCUUAAAAACAGGUGUCCUGGAGCUUCUCAUCGGAGAGUUGCCUUAGAGAGAAGGAAAACUAGUAAAACUCAGACAGAGAUUGAGAAUGAAAAUGGAUCCACUAUAAUAGAUCCUUCAGGUACUUUAUCUCUAGAAACAGACUGUUUGGGGAUGGGGACAGGCACAGGCACAGUGCCCCCUGAGCGGAAUUCAACACCUGCAUCUCUUCCCACUUGGACUGAAGAGCCUGGCUUGGACAACCCUGCCUUCGAAGAGAGCACCGGAGCCGACACUGCACAACAGCCACUUAGUUUGCCAGAAGGAGAAGUUACCACCAUUGAAAUUCACCGGUCCAAUCCAUACAUUCAGUUAGGAAUUAGCAUUGUGGGUGGCAAUGAAACGCCACUAAUUAACAUUGUCAUCCAGGAAGUCUACCGGGAUGGGAUUAUUGCCAGAGAUGGGAGACUCCUUGCUGGAGACCAGAUUCUUCAGGUCAACAACUAUGAUAUCAGCAAUGUGUCCCAUAACUAUGCCAGAGCUGUCCUUUCCCAGCCCUGUAACACUCUGCAUCUUACUGUGCUGCGGGAGAGGCGCUUUGGCAACCGAGCAUACACGCAUUCUGACAGCAACUCUCCUCGGGAAGAGGUUUUCCAUGUGGUUCUUCAUAAACGGGACUCUGGAGAACAGCUUGGCAUUAAAUUAGUACGAAGGACAGAUGAGCCAGGUGUUUUUAUUCUUGACUUGUUGGAAGGGGGUCUGGCCGCCCAGGAUGGCAGGCUUAGCAGCAACGAUCGUGUGCUGGCUAUCAACGGGCAUGACCUGAAGCAUGGGACCCCAGAGCUUGCUGCCCAGAUUAUUCAGGCCAGUGGGGAGAGAGUGCAAUUAACAAUUGCUAGACCAGGGAAACCCCAGCCUGGUAACACCAUCCGAGAAACAGGAAGUCACAACAGCAGCCAGCACCAUGCACAGCUGCCCUCUCACAGCAGACCAAGCUCACAUAAGGAUCUUACUCAGUGUGUUACAUGUCAAGAAAAACAUAUUACUGUAAAAAAGGAACCACAUGAGUCCCUUGGAAUGACAGUUGCUGGGGGCAGAGGAAGCAAGAGUGGUGAACUGCCCAUAUUUGUGACCAGUGUACCACCUCAUGGCUGCCUUGCACGAGAUGGCAGAAUCAAGAGAGGUGAUGUGCUGCUGAAUAUCAAUGGCAUUGAUUUGACCAAUCUGAGUCACAGUGAGGCUGUUGCUAUGCUAAAAGCCAGUGCUGCUUCUCCAGCUGUUGUCCUUAAAGCACUGGAGGUCCAGAUUGUUGAGGAGGCAACUCAGACCUCAGAAGAACAGCCAAGUACUUUCAGUGAGAACGAGUAUGAUGCCAGUUGGUCUCCAUCCUGGGUCAUGUGGCUUGGACUUCCAAGCGCCCUUCAUAGCUGCCAUGAUAUAGUUUUACGAAGAAGCUACUUGGGAAGCUGGGGCUUUAGUAUUGUAGGAGGAUAUGAGGAGAACCAUACCAAUCAACCUUUCUUCAUUAAAACCAUUGUCUUGGGAACUCCUGCUUAUUACGAUGGAAGAUUAAAAUGCGGAGACAUGAUCGUGGCAGUAAAUGGCCUCUCAACUGUGGGCAUGAGCCAUUCUGCACUGGUUCCCAUGUUGAAAGAACAGAGGAACAAAGUCACUCUGACUGUUAUUUGUUGGCCUGGCAGCCUCGUAUAGAGUUUUGGUUUCCAGUCUUGCCUCUUCAUUUUUAGGUUUUUGAAAGAAACCCCGUUGGUUUCAUGUGUUUCUGUUUGUUAGGAGCUACUGGCACAGCUGGUAUAUGCAGAGCCAAAACCCACAAAGAUCAUCCUUUCAUUUUCGUUUAAAAGGUUUCCUGAAGUUAGUUACUUCUGCCAACCCUGGUGAGUUUAUAUUUUCAGAAUUCAGACUCUUGGUGGUCAAAUUGUAACCUACAGUUACAAACUGUGACCUAGCCAGUUGGAUAAAAGUGGUGGUUCUUUGUUUUCAGUAACUAAAUCAUAAAAUGAGUUCUAUAUCCCCCAAGAUCAGUGUCAGUGCAGCCACUGACAAAAGCAUUUACUGCCUCUGUCAUAACCAUUAAUGGCUGGGUACAUUUUAAGUUUGUGUGAUAACAGUUGCUCAUUUUUCAUUGUUAUCAACAUUUCAAAACGUCACAGUUUAUAAAGUGCUUUUUCUGGUUUGUUUUAUUUCUACUUUAAUCUCUCAGUAUUUGUCAGUGAUGAAGAUAUAAGUCUGACACUAUGAUAGACUUUUUUUAAAAAUAAUGUACCAUUAUUAGAGUAGUAGAGAAUAAAACAUAAUGUUAUUUGUUAUCCAGAGACAAAGAAAUUUGGGUGGUAAUUAUAGCUUAGUGCUGGAGAUAUAAAGCUGCAUUUACUAAAACAGUCCAAAAGCAUUAAAGAUUAAUUUCCAAAGGAACAUUUUGCUAUGUAGGAAAAAUUUGAAGCCGUUUUUGCUAAAAAACAUUUCUAGAGUUUGUAUUAUAUUUAUCAGUAAUCUUGUCUGGAAAUGUUUUUGUGAUUCAUGCAGUUAAAUUAGAUGAUAAAGACCAUAUUGCUAUUAAAUACGUAUAUAUGUAUCACAGCUGAGUAGGAGAAGGGAGACCUUUUUUAUUUUAUUGAGAUAGGAACUUUUCUUUCUUGAGUGUUUUAGAAACUUUAGUUUUCCCAUUAUUUCUUAAGAACUUAUUGUUUCAAGUAAGAGAUUGAAAAACUCAUUAAAAAAAAAUCUGAAAUAGUAGGUUUUAGAUGUUAAUGUCUGUCAGUCUACUCUUGGUCACUAAACUUUCAUAUCUUGGAAAUGUUUUUGAAAACUGUGCUUUAUUCAACAUGAUUGUUCUCUAGAGAGUACAUAAGGAAGUGAAUAAGAAAGAUAUCUUUACCUUAUUAAUCUUAUGCAUACUUGAAAAAAGUUUCAGUUAGAAACCUAGUUCAGAAUCUGAGCUAAUUUAUAAGUGACCUCUGUAAUAAAUGGUAUUGAUAAUCAGAGAAUGUAUUUCAAAAUAUCACAGUAUAUUAAGAAGCAUGAUCACUUUAUUUUCAAACCUAGCUAUUGCAUUGGAGGAGUUUAUUGUAUGUAUAGCAUGUCACUGAUUAUUCCAGUUAGUUUUAUAAUGAUUUUUUAAAAACAUAUCUCUUUAGAGUAAAUAAAAAUUGGCGACAGUAAUUGCUACUGAUUUGUUCAACCCCUUAACUGCACUGUAUGGUCAACAUGUAACCAUGAUACAGUGGAAUGCCCCAUGCAGUAUAUUACUGUUAUGCAAUGAUUGGCUUUUGAAGCAAUUUGAUAUUGAAGUGCUUUGAUAUUCUAAUUGACAUGGAACAAGUUUUUUUCCUGCUUCCCAAAUAGAAUUUUGUAACCAACUUUGCUAUUUUUUUUAAACAGUUUGUAAGAAUGUGUCAUUUCUUGGGGAGAGGCCAUCCGUCAACAAAUAUCAUAACUGCUACUUUGUUAUAUAUAAAAUACUUAUAUUGAACCUGGUGGUCUAAUGAGUCUUUAGGUAGAAGAUUUUUUUUUUUCAAUAUUAUUUUUUAUCAUGGAAAUCUCAGAAUCAGCUUAAGUAUAGAUUUCAUGAGAAAAGACUAGAGCUUUUAGUCAGAAUGAUAUUUGGUGAUGGAAACUUGUUCAUAAUUUAUUGCUACUGUGGAAAUAUUUGCAUUUUCUCAUUGAAUCUUUUACAGUUAAAUAUUUUGAUUUGUUCUGUGCCUUCAGUUUAAAUUAUUUCAGGACUUUUUUGGACAUGUUUAAAUAAUGGUAUGAUAAUCAUUCAGGAUGGAAAUAAAAGUCAUCCUUUCCAUAACA